CUGAAGUGUCUGUAAGACCUGACACCAUUCUACAGCAUCUUAAGAAUCCUCGUGAGCGGCUAUAGACAUGAAGACUCCCGAUAACACCAAGAUCUGGACACCUUCCUGGAAAUUCCUAAUUAUUACUGUCCUCCUAGGAGCCAAUAUUGUUCUCAUCCGUAUUAUCGAAGCACUUGCUAAACACUCCGAAAUUCUGCAUGAGCUCUGUAUGAACAGCAGUGACGUGGCCGGAGUUUGUCAGCGACUUUAUAACCACCAUCCAACAAAACAAAGUAAUACUGAAUAUAAAAGACUACGUCAGGAGCUCUGUGUGAACAACGCUGACAGUGUUUUAGGUUGUCUUCUGUGUCCUUAUGGUUGGAUUUUACAUGGAGACGACUGUUAUUACUACUCAGAUGUAGCAGACAGAACAUGGGACCAGAGCCGGGAUCAGUGUAAGAUGAUGGGAGCUGAUCUACUGGUCAUAAAGAACCAGGAACAGCAGGAGUUUAUACAGAGAAAUCUCAGACUGCGGAGAGAGGACAUGUACUGGAUAGGACUUCACCGUGAUGGAGACGGCUGGAGAUGGGUUGAUGGAGAACAUUAUAACAGCAGCUUGAUCCAGAUAGAGACACUACCAUCAGGACGCUGUGUAUUAAUGACUAAAUCUGUAUUUAUGUUUACAUCUGGUUAUGAUCAGGAGGACUGCAGAUCUACAUACAGAUGGAUCUGUCUAAAGAAAGCCGUGAGGAUCUGACUAUUAUGUAAUGUACAUGAAGCUGAAUAAAGUUAUAAAAACUUUCCAUUAGAUCUGUGGGUUCGGGCGACUGCAGACACGGCAGAUUUGUUACAUUUCUGUCUCAUUCCUCUGAAUGGAGCCGGCAGA